AUGAGCUCAACAAUCAAUGAAGCCUUUGACAAUGAUGUUCAUUUGUUUUUCACAAAUGAUAAUGUCCAGAAUCAUAACAGGAAAAAAUUAUAUUCUCUCAAACAACUUGUUGCAUGUAGCAUUGCAAAAAAACUUGGAAAUGUUAAUGCAACCGAAGGAAGUUCUCAUGACGAGCUCGAUAUGGAGUUAUUGAUUAGCAAAAAUGCAAGAGUUAUGCUAACUUCUAAUCUUUGGAUUGAAGCGGGUCUUGUAAAUGGAGCAUUAGGUUAUAUUCAAAAGAUUGUAUACAAAACUAGAUGUAUGCCACCAGAACCACCAUUAUAUGUAAUGGUUAAGUUUGAUAACUACUCUGGAUUUCCGAUUGAUGAUCACAAUCCACAAGCAGUUCCCAUCAGUAUAAGACAAAGAGGUUCUACAAUUCAAAUACCAUUGAGACUAGCUUGGGCAUUAACAAUACAUAAGUUGCAAGGUUUGACACUUGCAAAAGCAAUAGUUGAUAUAGGACCAACUGAAAGAACAUGA